GGCUGGGGCUGCGCGGGCUCCGAGCGGUCGCUCCCGGUCCCAGAGGAGGUGCCCGGCCCGCGUGUUAGGAAACUGGAGCUUGCCGUGCAGGUUUGGCCUAAAGAGGGUGACGGUGACUGCACGUGUGUCCGGGAGUGGAUGUGUGCGUGCGCUGCGGCCAUGGUGUAGCGUGACUCUGUGUGAGAAGGUGGCACAAGAAAGGGGCCGGGAGCCGUGCCGAGGUCCAGGGGCGCGGCCUGUCACCAAGAGCGGGCGGGCCCUAUUAGGGAGGGGCCUGGCAUGCUGAGAAGGAGGGGCGAAGAGGCUGUCACCUGUGGUUUGGGACUUGCAGAUGUGACUUGUGCCAUGACUACUCACCUCCAUCGUGAAGAGCGCCAGUCCUUUGGUUCUGUGCUGCUGAGGGUUGAUGUUGGGACCUUAUCCCUCUGUGGAAUACACGUUGGGAUCUGUAUGUCUUCUUUUUUUAAACGUUCUAAGUGUCUUUAACACCUUUAGAUAAUGCUCAGGUGUUCUCAGAGGUUUUUCUUUUUUUUAAUAUUGCUGAUUUGCUAUGCUUGCAUUUUAUUUUUAAAUACUUAAGUAUAUGCACACUGUAGAAAACUGUACAUAUUCAACCCGGUGAAUUUUUACAAAGCUAAUAAACCCAGGUAAUCAGCACUGAGACUGAGGUGGAAGAGGUCAUUGCCAGCAUUCCUGUUUUCCUGCACACCUGCCGAGUCACUUUACUGCCGAGAGUGACCACUAUCCUGGAUUCCAGCAUCAUGGACUUCCCUUAUUUUUGACUUUAUCCAAAUGGAAUCACACCCUCUGCCAUCUCAGAAUAAUCUCCCAGAAGAAAAGAGAUCGUUCCUGGAAUGCUAAAGGCUGUGGCUCAUGAUGUGGCCAUAGACUUCUCUCAGGAGGAGUGGGACUUCCUGGAUGCUGCUGAGAGGGACUUGUACAGAGGUGUGAUGCUGGAGAACUACAGCAACCUGGUCUCAGUUAGACUUUCCAGUUUAAAGCCAGAUGCAAUCUCCUUAUUGGAGCAGGAAGAGCAGCCUUGGCUGAUGACCAAGGGUGUGACAGCAGGACCUUGCCUAGGAAAACUAGAAUAGAUUCAUGAGCAGUUCCCAUAAAGUAGACUCUGCCACAGAAGAUGGUCCGGUAGGCGGCUUAGAUGAAAGUCAAGACUCAAGAUACAAAUGUGGAAGUAACUAGGAAAGGGAUUUCUGUCUGCAUUGAGGCGAAAGGAGCAUCAGCGGAGAGACUGGGGGACUAACUGUGGGGUUAACCUCAGGGAAGACAGAGCCUGGCCAGCAAGAAGCAGCACUCUUGAUAGGCGGUCAUUGGAUGCAACUGGAGAAACUGGUUGUUUCACCAAGGCUUUGACUGGAAGGGCAUGCUUCCCUUUAAGGAGUUAAGCUCAACUUGCAAAGCCAAUACAAGCCCCUUGGGAAAACUUGACUCAUAUCUUGUCUACACAGUCCCUGUACAGGGUUCCUGACCUAUGGCCAUCAAACUCCAAUUGGUCAUGCAACCCAAGAUGAUCUCAGACGAUGACCCCUUCUGCCAGGGACCCUUAAAUAGACCUCUGAGGGAGAUCUGAUGGUGUUUUCCCAAAACAGUGCUCCCUGUCAUCAGGAAGCAUGAAGCUUCAAAAAUGAAAAACAUGUCACUACUGAAUUAGAAGUCAAAGGAAAGAAGGUGUGGAUGGAAAUAAAGAAGAUAAUAAUGCUGACUGAGAAGUCACCUCAAUACCUCCUAAAUGGCUCUACUUUGAACCUGCUGGGCCAGGAAGAGAUUUUCAAGGAAACCAUCUACCGCGUGUGAGCCCCUGCCGGCCAACUCCAGACCCCAGCACGGAGCCAGGCGCCUGCGCCCGCCGACCCUCAGUACCCUCCUCGGAAAGGCUGGUGGCAUCAGGAAGCCCCUUGCCAGCCUCCACCUGAGCCCAGUGAGCUCAGCUUUAAGGAUGGAGUCAAGCGGGGGGUCCUCAACCCCUCCAGGACCCAUUGCUGCCCUACGGAUGCCAGACACUGGGCCUGGCAGUUCCUCCCUAGGGAAGCUUCAGGCGCUCCCUGUCGGGCCCAGAGCCCACUGUGGGGACCCUGGCAGCCCGGCUGCAGCAGGGGACGGCUCUCUAGACACAGGCCCCACAGGAGAGCUGAGUGGUAGCUUAAAGAUCCCCAACCGGGACAGCGGGAUUGACAGUCCAUCCUCCAGUGUGGCUGGAGAGAACUUCCCCUGCGAGGAGGGCUUGGAGGCUGGCCCAAGCCCUACUGUACUGGGGGCACACCCAGAGAUGGCCCUGGACAGCCAGGUCCCGAAGGUCACCCCCCACGAGGAGGCCGACAGCGACGUGGGUGAGGAACCUGACCCUGAGAACACCCCCCAGAAGACUGAUGAGGAUGCUGGCCUGGCCCAGCACUCUGGCCCCCAGAAGCUUCUCCACAUUGCCCAGGAACUCCUGCACACCGAGGAGACCUAUGUGAAGCGGCUGCACCUGCUGGACCAGGUUUUCUGCACCAGGCUGACGGAUGCUGGGAUCCCUCCAGAAGUCAUCAUGGGCAUAUUCUCUAACAUCUCCUCCAUCCACCGCUUCCACGGGCAGUUCCUGCUGCCGGAGCUGAAGACGCGGAUCACGGAGGAGUGGGACACAAACCCACGGCUCGGGGACAUCCUGCAGAAGCUGGCCCCAUUCCUGAAGAUGUACGGCGAGUAUGUCAAGAACUUUGACCGAGCCGUGGGGCUGGUGAGCACGUGGACCCAGCGCUCCCCACUGUUUAAAGACGUCAUCCACAGCAUCCAGAAGCAAGAGGUAUGCGGGAACCUGACGCUGCAGCACCACAUGCUGGAGCCUGUGCAGAGGGUCCCCCGGUACGAGCUGCUGCUCAAGGACUAUCUGAAGAGGCUCCCGCAGGACGCCCCAGACCGGAAGGAUGCAGAGAGGUCCUUGGAGCUCAUCUCCACAGCUGCCAACCACUCCAAUGCCGCCAUUCGGAAAGUGGAGAAAAUGCACAAGCUCUUGGAGGUGUACGAGCAGCUGGGUGGGGAAGAAGACAUUGUCAACCCGGCCAAUGAGCUGAUCAAGGAGGGCCAAAUCCAGAAGUUGUCAGCGAAGAAUGGCACCGCCCAGGACCGCCACCUCUUCCUGUUCAACAGCAUGAUCCUUUACUGCGUGCCCAAGCUGCGGCUCAUGGGCCAGAAGUUCAGCGUCCGGGAGAAGAUGGACAUCUCAGGCCUCCAGGUGCAGGAUAUCGUCAAGCCAAACACAGCACGUACAUUCAUCAUAACGGGAAGAAAAAGGUCCCUGGAGCUGCAGACACGGACAGAGGAAGAGAAGAAAGAAUGGAUUCAGAUCAUCCAGGCCACCAUCGAGAAGCACAAACAGAACAGCGAUACCUUCAAGGCUUUCGGUGGCGCCUUCAGCCAGGAUGAGGACCCCAGCCUCUCUCCAGACGUGCCUAUCACAAGCACCAGCCCUGUGGAGCCUGUGGUGACCACCGAAGGCAGUUUGGGUGCAGCAGGGCUCGAGCCCAGAAAACUAUCCUCUAAGACCAGACGUGACAAGGAGAAGCAGAGCUGUAAGAGCUGUGGUGAGACCUUCAACUCCAUCACCAAGAGGAAGCAUCACUGCAAGCUAUGCGGGGCGGUCAUCUGUGGGAAGUGCUCCGAGUUCAAGGCCGAGAACAGCCGGCAGAGCCGUGUCUGCAGAGAGUGUUUCCUGACACAGCCAGUGGCCCCCGAGAGCCCCAGCCCCGAGGCUCCAGCUGAGCCCAGGCAGAGCACAGAGAAGACACCCACUGCAGACCCCCAGCCCAGCCUGCUCUGCGGCCCCUUGCGGCUGUCAGACAGCGGUGAGACCUGGAGCGAAGUGUGGGCCGCCAUCCCCAUGUCAGAUCCCCAGGUGCUGCACCUGCAGGGAGGCAGCCAGGAUGGCCGGCUGCCCCGCACCAUCCCUCUCCCCAGCUGCAAACUGAGUGUGCCAGACCCUGAGGAGAGGCUGGACUCGGGGCAUGUGUGGAAGCUGCAGUGGGCCAAGCAAUCCUGGUACCUGAGCGCCUCCUCCGCAGAGCUGCAGCAGCGGUGGCUGGAAACCCUAAGCACCGCUGUCCGUGGGGACACGGCCCAGGACAGCCUGGGGGCGCUGCAGCCUCAGGUCCCUAUGGGCACAGCUGCUCCGUGAGCUGAGUCUCCCACUGCCCUGCACACCACCACAUUGGACCUGUGCUGUCCUGGGAGGUGGCAUUGGAGGCCACAUGAAGAGCGCCCUGGACUGCUGAGGGUGAGCCGACAGCCCAGAGCUCAGGACACUUGGCUUUGGAGGGAAGGAAGCUGAGGCCUAGAGAGGGGCAGCCACUGGCCAAGGGUCACCCAGCAAGUCUUGGCUAAGAGCCUGGCCUCCAGCCCCAGCAGUGUGGCCCAGAGCAGGGGCCGACUGCCAAAGUAACCAUCAUCCAUAUGGGCCGUGUGGUGAUGCUGGCCCGGAAGGCAGAAGGAGGCAGCAUGGGCACUGCCAGGGACAGCCACAUCCUGCUGGUCUGCAGCGUGGUCCACCCCACCUCUGCCCAGCCUGUCUACACCAUGUGAGCUGAAUCGUGACUCGCUUCCCACCUCCUUUCUCUGUCCUCUCCUGAGGUUCUGCCUGCAGCCCCCAGGAGGUGGGCCUGCCCCAUCCUAGUUGGACUCAUGGUUCCUAAAUAACCGCGCUCGGAAGCUCUGCUAGGACUUACCCCAGCCACUGAGUGGCAGGCGCAUGAGAUUUGUGGCUGUUCCUGAUGCUAGCGGCACACAGUGCUUAUCUGCAUAAAUAAACACUGGCCACCAGCA